AUGAGUCUUAUUAAACAGCCGCCGAGGCUAGCACGAUAUCCUUUCUUAUCUCUCGGAGCUAUUGGAUUAGUGUACAAGAUCGACGAGGAGAUCGUUCUAAAGAUACACGAGGAAAUAGGAGUGAUGCAUUCUCACGGGAGAUUAAGAUGUUUGACCUCUUCGAAAAACAUAAUCCGUGUCCUAUGGUUGUCCAGAGCUUUCUACGUGUUCCAGAGGGCAACUUCCUCGCUUUUCUUAGAGGUGGUCCGCGUUGGCCAUAGUUACCGCGGCCGCGUCGAGACAGUUACAGCGCAAGAGCCUAUCGAGCUAGUUAAGCAAUGGAGCAUGGAGCUAUCCCAUGCUGCAGCUUGGUUGGAGAACCUUGGAUACGUCCAUGCUGAUAUUCGGCCACCGAACCUACUUCUCGACGGAGAUGAUCGGUUAAAACUUAUAGAUUUUGAUUGUGCUGCGAAGAUAGGCAGUCCGUCAGAUGGUUCCGCUCCUCCUUGGGCGCGAAUACUUGGUGUAGAGGCCGUGGACGAUGCAGGCUCAUUCGGUUUAUAUGGAGCCCGAACAGAGCAAUUUGCCAUCGGAUCUGUUAUAUAUCUUAUGACACGAGGUUACGAACCGUAUGAGAACGAAGAUCCAGGUCUUAAUAUUGUUGACCUCUUCCGCCGUAUGGAAUUUCCGUCGUUAGGCAAUGACCCUCUUGACCGGAUUAUCGACCGGUGUUGGAAGGGACAGUUUGAGUACUUGAAAGAUCUGGCGGAGGAAACUAGCACUCUGAGCGGUGGUAACCAUCCUAAGUCUUUGUCAUCGCUCACAGAACGGUAUCGUUUGGAACGCCAGAAAAAGUGCCAAACGCUGGUCAACCAAGGGCUUUUAGAAUGGGAGGUCUAG